GUUUAUUUGUAUUGCUGAUAAGACUUGAAAAUGGUGGUUGCACUAGUCAACAUUAUAAGAUUAAAAUUAUCGUGUAAGUUCGUAAAACGAAAGCGGAAGUAAAACAAAAUCCAUAAAAAUAAUUUACAUUGUUGAAUUUUCACCAAGGAUGGAAAGAAUUUCGGAAAGUUAGAAAAUCUCUUCAUUAUCGGCGACAGCAUGCCCCGGCCAGAAACGGUCGAACUACAUAAUCUGUCUGAGUGGAUAUUUGUUGGAAGGAAACUCGACUUCCGCAAGUUUGACCAAGCAUGGUGUAAGCACAAACUGUUUGGAAUAUUUGGUAUCAGAUCUAUUGGAAAAUCAAGGUGUGUCAGGGAAUACCUAAAAUCAAAACAAUGUCACGUGACACAUGUAGAGCUCAGGUACAUAAACUGUUUAGAGUCCUUACACUCAAACAUAUGUGCUUUACUUGGCAUAGAACCUAAACCUAACUCUGCAGAGUCAGACCAGUGGAUCAAACAAAUAUUAUCGGUUAUUGCACAUACCUCAAAGAAUGAAGAGUUUGUGGUUUUCUUUGACAACGCAGAGGAUGUCAUAGAAAGCCUAUUCAAAGAUAAGUUCUUAUUGUUACUGGCUAAACUUGUAGAGGAAUGCCAUAAGAUAAAAAUAUUUGUCACCUCAACCACCCGAAUCCAGUUCAGUCAGUUUCGAUUCUUCACACAUGAGUUACCUCCCUUAGUCCCAAGUGAGGCUAAAGAGUUAUUGCAGAAAAUUGCUCCUGAUGUUGACCUCGGAGAAUACGGUGAUGUUACUAUCAAGCUCAGUGAAGGUUUUCCACCGAUCAUACUAAUGAUUGGUGCUUAUCUUAAGGAAAACGGACUACUUUCACUGGCUGAUAUAGUGGAACUACUAGGCAAGUGUCGUCUUAAAGCACUGAGCAACGAAUUUUUAGUAGGUGCUGUCUAUAAAAACUUUAUUCUUCGAUUAUCCGGCGAGUUUCAAAGUCACCUUACAGAGUUAAACUACAUUCCUGGUUCGUUUAAUGUUAAAGAAGCUGGCGGUCUUCUUGGUAUUGAGACAGAGGCAAUGACAAAACAAACUGCGAUAAUUCCUAUCAGAAGAAAACACAUGCUCAAUUACGAUCAAGAGAACAGGCGCUUUGACAUCCAGGGCAUUCUUCGAGAGGUGCUUAAAGUCAAUUUUGCCAUUAGAGAUCUACCUGAGUUGCGGAAGAAAUACUGCAAGGUGUUUACAGAUGUUAUGAAGAAGAUAUCAGAACAAAUGGGAACAGACGAAUAUACAAGAGCAUUUUCAGAAUUUGCUCUUGAACAACCGAAUCUGCAGAAACUUCUUGGAGAUGUUGAGUAUACUAGAGCGGACACGUAUCACUUCUACAUAGAAAUUGUGUCUUCAUACACGCCUGUCAUUGAGACAUUCAUGUCGCGAGAGAGUGAGACAUUCUACGAUGCAUGCCUGAGACUAACAGAAAUGUACGGCAGAACCAGGGAUAAAGCGGUUGUACAUAUAGCUGUAGGCAGCAUUGCAACGAACACAAAGGGGGAUUUCGUCAGUGGAGCUAACAAUUACCAAUCAGCACUGGAUGUUCUAGUGGGUACGGAAAAAUAUUUGCAGUUGGCAACAGUUUAUCAGAAAAUGGGUUGGAAUCUGCACAGACAGGGGCUAAACGCCGAAGCAGUUCAGUAUUACAAGAAGUCCCUGAAUAUCUCAGUGUAUGGUGGUCCCGAGUAUGAAUCCGUGGCAAUGCAGUCGUUCAGUAGCAUGGGAAUAUCGCUCACAUUCCUAGGAAAUUUUGAGCGGGCCGAAAGGUACCACAGAGCUUGUUUAAAUCGGCGCAAAGCUCGGCUAGGUGAAUGUCAUCCAACUGUUGGUGCCACAAUUAAUAAUCUAGCUCUGUUAAUGGAUCAGAAGGGAGACACUUCCAAGGCACUCGAAUAUCAUCUCAAAGCCCUAGAGAUUAAAAGAAAAUCUAAAGCUCCUGUGUUGUCAUUGAUUAGUUCAUUAAGCAAUGUCGCAAAUGCUAAUAAUGCGUUAGGGAGAUACGACGAUGCGCAUGCUCUGCUAGACGAGGCAAUGGAACUUAUAAAAGAGCAGAAAAUACCAAUGAAAGACGCGGAAGCUCUGAUUUAUAACACAAGGGGGAAGGUGUUUGCAAAGGCAGGUGAUUUAAAUGAGGCACAGGAGGCUUUUGCAAUUACGGUAAAACUUAGCAAAGAAAUUUCGAUGAAAGGAUUUCUGCUGAUGAAAAGAAUUGUCAGUUUAGCGCAAGUACUAGAGCGUCAGGGAGAUUAUGCAGAGUGCUUGAAGACUAUUAAAGAUGCUAUGAAAUUGAAAGAUGAAUCCAUCAAAAAUCUUCCACAUAACACUAUAAUUGUUGAUUGUCUUGAAUGUUUGGCCAAGGUACACAGAGAAACAGAUGACCGUCUGAAUUAUGUCCAAACUUUGUACGAUAUAGAAAAUGAAUGCUUGAGGCUGGAAAACGUUUGUCGUCAGCAAAAUAAUCUUCUGAAACUUGACAAAGUCAGUGAUACCCUAUGGAACAUACAACAAAAUAUACAGAGUUUUAAUUCUGGGGCGGGUGCAAGGUUAUCAAACUAAUUUUGGAGACGGAGCUCAAUAUAAAAACUUACAUUUAGGCAGUUUAAUGAGAUUAAGUUCAUGUUCCAGUUGAACUUUUGAGUUUGAUGCUCGUUUAAAACAGCCUUGUUGCACAGUUGUAUUAGAAUUCUAAGAGAUGUCAAGAAGAAAUAUGCUUACUUCCGCAAAUGAACAUGAGCUAGAACCAGUUCAUACGUUUCGAAGGCCAAUGACUUGUAAAAAAAUAUUUUGUUUUUUUAAGCCUUUUAAGAUAGAUCCUGAAAAUUGUAUCUGUAUAUGUAUAUGUCUGUGUGAUAUACUAAACUUUUUAGGAAUGACUUAUGUCUUCCAUUGCUUACUUAUCCUCGGUAAAGUAGGCCCGGCAUUUAUCGGACACCUUCGGAUGAAACGGGCCCCAUAUUGAUUAGCAACUGAUCUACGCUUCGUUCCGUAACAUCCCAUACCUAAACCGUGCUUUCCAAAAGCAAUUCCCCGACUUUUUCUUACCGAUUUGGAGAUCUACGUCCGUCAUUAAGGCAAAAAUGAUGCUUUCUGAAAACGUUUUGAAUCGGACAGGAGAGCUUUGUAUCGGACACCUAAGUCGGGGAUCAUCGGUUAUAUAAAUUCCAUUAGGGGAUCAUCGGACAGUUUUAAGAUUUUUUUAAAAAAAAGAUCUGUGUCUUUCAAUAAAACAGACUGCAAUAUAUGUCAGUUACAUUUUAUUUGUGUUGUGUUUCUUUGGGCAUUUUUUCGGCUGUUCUUUUUUAUUUUCUAUUUUCAUUUCUCCAGCAACUUUUCCCUUUUUCUUACAAAGACUCUUCUCUAACACAAGCACACAACUUUAACAAGUAGGAAUCGUUAACUUUCUUUGCAUAAUUAUUUGCAACCCAAACGAUUCUAAAAUCUUCGAAAGUUUUUGAGGUGCAACAACAGUCCCAAACAAUAACCAUUAAAAUACUUUCAUGAGCUUUCUGCUUCAGGUACUCCAGUAUGUCAUAAAUGUAAUGGUGGUCAUAGAUGUAUUCGUGUUCAUACAAUAUUUGAAGAAAGUUUUCUACUUGAUUUUGUAAGAUUAGGUUUCUUUUGUCCGGCCAAAUACUUCUCGUUCUCUCAAGACUACAGGCAUCAUCAGGGGUCUACUCAUGGUAUCCUAAAAGAAAAAGAUGACUGGAACGUUCUUAAAAUGUUUUAAACUGUGCGCGGCGAUGCAUUUAGGUAAUUUUAUUUAUGUUAAUUUUUAAUGAUGUUUUCUCAAAGCAGUGCUCCUGAUAUGAUUAAAAAUCCUCGUGAAUUCUUUACUUUAAAAUGCCUUUACUUAGAACCAUAUUCAGCCUUUAGUCAGUCCUUUUAGAAUUUGUUAAGAUAAAUGUCGGAUCUAUAAUUCACGCUGUCCGAUGAUACCCUCGAGUAAGAAAUAAGUGCGUUUUCCAUGGGGGUAGUAUGGGACAAUUUUAUGUUUUAAAUGUUUAUUAAUUCUUCUAACGUUUCCAUUGUUUUUUGUUAUAAAAUGCAAGAUAAAUAUAUAUUUUAUUAUCAGGAAAUAAAUUCGAUUAAAUUUUGA